AUGUUUGAUGCUUACCUGAACGCGCUAAACAGUGUUGGGCAAAAACGCCAGCGCAGCCCUGCUACGUCUGGGGCCAAAACCAACCCUAUACCUACGAACUUGCCGCCAGAGGGCUCACCGCCGCAGGCGACGGAGGCAGAUCAUGAGGCGGACGAUGGCGACUCAAAAAGCUCUACUUCUUCGGAGGCCAGCGCCGUCUCCGACUUCUUCGACACGCUCACGGAGCUGUACCUGUUUUUCCGUGACGCGGACUUAUCACGCCGUGAAGUCAACAGACUGCUUAACAUAUUCCGUAACCCUCAGUUCAGUUUGAAGGAAUUACGCAAGUGGCGCAGCUACGCCGACGUGAAGCGAUGGGGGAAAGAGCGUGCGCCGCCAGAUAUGGUUCCAUGGAAAACAGAGCAUAUCGUCGUGCACGGGCCCAGAGGAAUGUCCCAAAAGCUUCUCUUGCACUUCCGCGACACAGAGCUGCUUGUGAAGAAGCUAGUCCGCAUUUUUUCGCGGAGGAAGGGUUUCGUGUGGAAGCCACAGGAGAAGUACAACGAGAAGGGGAAGCGCGUUUUCGAGGGGCCAGAAACAGGCACGUGGAUGCACGAGGCGCAGAAAGAGAUCAAGGACGACAAGGCUCUGAUUCUCGGGGUCAUCGUGUACAGCGACAGCACUCAGGCGUCGCGCAACGGGCGGCGGAAUGCGUGGCCUGUUCUGAUAUCGCUUAUUAACAUUCCGGAGGAAUUGAGGUGGUUUGAGCCGGGCCACACUCUUGCGGCAGUGUUGCCAUUCUGUCCGGAAUGGGCUAGUCCGACAGAGAAGGCCCGUGUUUUCCAGGAGGCGCUGAAGAUCAUCCUAGGACCCCUGAUGCGGGAAACCGCAAGUGCUCCUGUGAGGCACUUUAAUGUGACAGACGCCACCGGCAAUGUGGUCAAGGCGGUACCUUGCCUCUAUGGGUACCCUGGUGACUAUCCAGAGAACAGUAGGGCCUCAGCCACGCUGCAGACGGGCACUCAUCGCCCCUGCGCUAACUGCUAUGCAGAAGUGGGAGAGCUGAAACGGCUGACUGCUAAAAUAGAUCCACGCACACCUGAGCGGCAGAAGGACAUUUGCGUGCUGGCGCGGUGGAACUUUGGGAACACCACCUGGGGGAACGUCUACCUCGCAUGUUUGGCUGACAUUUUACACGUGCUGGACUCUGGUGUCUUCAUACACAUGAUGGAAGAAUACCUUUCCCCCCUGGGGAAAGUCGAGAUCCGCAUCCUGGAGAGGCGGAAGAAGGAGUUCAAAAGCGAUACUCCAAGUGUGCUGCUGCGGAUUCCUGGGGGAUCAUCAUUCUUCCUUUCUGGUGCCCACUAUGCGGCGUUCGAACAUCGUGCCAUGAUGCAAAUAAUGCCAAUCCUCAUUGCGGAUUCUAGUGCCUUGAAGAAGGGCGAGGCGGGAGAGUUGAGGGCGCUGCAGGUUAGAGCAUUCCGUUAUUACGCCCUGUUCUACAAGGCGUUUUUGGGAGUGGCGGCGCACACCCGUGCCACGCUGAAAGAGGCCAAGCAACGUGCUGUUGCUCUGCUGUUAGAACCUCUGAGCUACACAACUCAUCUUCUCGAGAACGUGGAAGCAAGGGGGAUGCCACACCACUACAGCACGGAGAUGUGGGAGCGCACUCACAAGGGGACAGUGAAGGGUCCCGUGAGGGGGAGCACCUGGGCUGACAUUCCGAGGAGAAUUGUGGAUGAGGAGAUGCAGCGGGAGAUUUACAGAGAAGUGGCGGCCGAUGCGGGAGGAGGUCGGCAGUACGUGUCAGCGCUGCGUGUGGCCGUGGAAGAGAUGGAGCCAGUGCUAACGAAGAAGUUCAGGGUCAUGCGCCUCGGAGGCACCGCGGACAAGGUGUUUGCCGAGUACGCAGCGGUAUUUGGGGAUCAGAUGGCGGGCCUACCAGGUCAGCUGCGGGAGAUGCAGUUGAACCCUGGCAGUGUGCAGACACACACAGCAGUGGCCAUACCACGUACGCAGGGUGGGGUGCUUGUGGCGAAGGGGACGUUCGUCAAGGCGUCCCCGCGAGAGAACCUGUUCUCAGAUGUGGCACUCCUGGCUCCUGAAGGCGGGGAUUGGUUUGCUAGAUGCCUAUGUAUUUUCAAGGCGUUGAACGCGGAGGGCAAGUGGACUGGGUGUGCCUACGUGAGUAUGAGCUCGGUGAAGCCCCCGUUGAAGGACAUCGUACAGAAGCUGAAAGUGCUCCCCGACGAUGUGUUUCUGUUUGUGGAGAUACCGUUUAUGCCCAGCCGGUUGCCGAAGACCAAGAUACCGGGGAGGAACGGAACCCCGUGCGACCGGAUCAUAAGUGUCGGCUUCUUGUACAAUGCGACGGGGACCUGCACCACGGUGCCCCUUGUGGUGUUGCGCCAUGACGAGCGCCCCGAACCUAGGCGCAGCGGGGAUCCUGCACCGGCGGUGAUUGUGCGCUACACGAAGAGUGGGCGCCUCACACCCGAGGUGUUUACCGAGUUUUUUCAGACGGUUGAUGGGGUGCAGCUUAGCCGUGGAAGGAAGACGGUUGUGUUCACCUACAACACGGCGCACCGCAUUACCGCGAAUGACGCGGAGACCACGGUGGAGCAUGGGCUGACUAUGGUGCAUUUCACGCACACACGCUUUGUGGACCUGACAGACGUUGUGCACUGGUCCAGUAUGCCGUUUUUGCACGGCGUGGUGGACGCUUUCAAGGCUGAGUAUCGUGUGAUACUGAUGAGACGCGCGGUGCGGUCCAAUCUGUUCCACGAGGAUUUCGAAGCGCCGUUUUCCCUGGUGAAUUACGGUGUUAUGCUGCUGUGGGUGGGCUUGGCAUGGAAGGCGCUGACGGCGGCAACGAUGCAAAGGAGCUGGUGGAGGGCGGGAUGCGUCCCGGAGUCAUGGUGGGAGCUGAUGUGGCACCUGCACGGCAUGUACUCGGCCGGCAUGUACGAUCCCCUGGUCUCUACCACGGCGGACCUCCUGGUGCUGCUACGUGAGUUCCGUGUGCGGCCGGCUAUUUAUAUGCCGGUGUCCGAUUACGUGACAUGCGAUGAGUGGUUAAUGGAGAAGGCUGGUGUGAAGUUGGUGACGCCCACGACGCCGACGUCUUCAGGGGACGAGGGCGAGAUGUGCCUGCCGGAUGGGCCUCUGAUGCGUGACGAACGAAGCCGACGACGUGCCAUCCGCAAUGUGACGAACGCGUACGUGUGUCACGCGGAGGCGCUGGGGAUUGCUCCUGCGGAGGUGGCGACUGUCGUUGGCGCCUCUGAUGGAGAGGUGGUUAGCCGCCUAAGCCGCACACCGAAGAAGCGAGCGCGCAGUUCAGGGUCGUCGGACAGUGGGUCCGUGUAG